GUGUACACACACACACACACACACACACACACGGUUGCACUGCGGAGUUGACGUGAAGGCGGUCCUCCUCUGUGCCCGCCACGUUGCGGGCGACUCUAUGCUGAUGACGUCAGGUGGCAUAUAAGACCCAGCGGGCGCCACACACACACACACACACACACACACACACACACACACUGCUGCCCGCUCCGCUCACCACUGCCGCCAUGCGUGAGAUAGUUCACCUGCAGAUCGGACAGUGUGGAAACCAGAUUGGCUCUAAGUUCUGGGAGGUGAUCAGUGAAGAGCAUGGCAUCAACAAUGUGGGACUCUAUGAGGGAGACUGUCCCCUUCAGCUGGAGAGACUCAACGUCUACUUCAACGAAGCACACGGGGGUAAAUACGUCCCCAGAGCCGUGCUGGUUGAUCUGGAGCCUGGUACCAUGGACAGCGUCAGGGGCAGCAGGAUAGGACAGCUCUUCAGACCCGACAGCUUCAUACAUGGUAACUCGGGCGCGGGUAAUAACUGGGCGAAGGGUCACUAUACGGAGGGAGCGGAGCUGGUGGAGCAGGUGGUGGACCGCGUGCGCACGGACAGCGAGAGCUGCGACUGCCUGCAGGGCUUCCAGAUCGUCCACUCACUGGGCGGCGGCACCGGCUCCGGGAUGGGCACCCUCGUCAUCAACAAGAUCCGCGAGGAGUUCCCCGACCGCAUCAUGAACAGCUUCAGCGUCAUGCCCUCGCCCAAGGUGUCGGACACGGUGGUGGAGCCCUACAACGCCACGCUCUCCAUCCACCAGCUGAUCGAGAGCACGGACGAGACGUUCUGCAUCGAUAACGAGGCGCUCUACGACAUCUGCUUCCGCACGCUGAAGCUCACCACGCCCACCUACGGCGACCUCAACCACCUCGUCUCGCUCACCAUGAGCGGCGUCACCACCUCGCUAAGGUUUCCGGGGCAACUGAACGCCGACCUGCGCAAGCUGGCGGUGAACAUGGUGCCGUUCCCGCGGCUGCACUUCUUCAUGCCGGGCUUCGCCCCCCUGACCAGCAGGGGGAGCCAGCAGUACCGCGCGCUCACCGUGCCCGAGCUCACCCAGCAGAUGUUCGACGCGCGCAACAUGAUGACGGCCUGCGACCCGCGCCACGGCCGGUACCUCACCGUGGCCGGAAUGUUCCGCGGACGCAUGUCCACCAAGGAGGUGGACGAGCAGAUGCUGGCGAUGCAGCAGAAGAACAGCGCCUACUUCGUGGACUGGAUCCCGCACAACGUGAAGGUGGCGGUGUGCGACAUCCCGCCGCGCGGGCUCAAGAUGGCGUCCACCUUCAUCGGCAACAACACGGCCAUCCAGGAGAUCUUCCGGCGCGUGGGCGAGCAGUUCUGCCUCAUGUUCCGCCGCAAGGCCUUCCUGCACUGGUACACGGGCGAGGGCAUGGACGAGGCCGAGUUCUCCGAGGCCGAGAACAACCUCAACGACCUGGUGGCCGAGUACCAGCAGUACCAGGACGCCAGCGCCGAGGAGGCCGAGUGGGGCGGAGACGACGACGCCGAGGAGGAACCGGCCGCCAACGCCAGCGCCAGCGUCGCAAGGUCAAAGGUCGUCGUGACGGAGACGGUGGUGGAGACGACAGAGACGGUGGUGGACGAGUGAGGAGCGCAGCGGAUACACUACUACUACUGAGGCUCUCUACGUCUGUCUGAGUGUGUGAGCUGUGUGUCUGAGUGUGUGAGUGUCUCGUAUGUAGUGUUGAGCAGUGUGUGUCUGAGUGUGUGAGUGCAUCGUAUGUGUAGUGUUGAGGAGUGUGUGUCUGAGUGUGUGAGUGUACAGUAUAUGUAGUGAAAACCUUCUGAAACCUUUGGACUCCUCAGGAAAGAUCUCUCAGAUGGCCCCUCAGGUCUUGUUGUAGAGCUUACAGGUCCUCUCUCAGGUCCUCUCUAUCACCCAAACCAAACGGCUCGUGUGUGUGUGUUUGGACUGGACACUCCAAACGGCGCAUGUGUGUGUGCUUGGACUGGACACUCCAAACAGCGCAUGUGUGUGUGUUUGGACUGGAGACUCUUUUUGUUAUUAUUAUUAUUAUUAUUAUUAUUAUUAUUAGGAUUAUUGUUAUCACUAUUUAUGUCAAAUGCUUCUCACUGCGCUGUGUUAUGGAUGUGCUUUUGAUGAUUUGUGUAUUCCUUUGUGUAAUGUCAUUAGUGGGGCAGCUAGUGG